AUGCAUGUGAUGCACGCGCUAUUUUGGCUCCUGGCUCUUCUGCACAAAAUGUGCCCGGGACAUGCCUGGUUGGCAAACAACUUACUCAUGACAGGACCAAAGGCCUAUCUCACCUACGCACGGAGCGUGCAGGUCGGAGUGCAGAGCGGGAUAGAGGAGUGUAAGCAGCAGUUUGCAUGGGACAGAUGGAACUGUCCUGAUAGCGCAACUCAGCUCAAAGGCCUGAGACGAGCCACACGAGAGUCUUCUUUCGUCCACGCCAUCAGCGCAGCAGGAGUCAUGUACACUCUGACCAGGAACUGCAGUCUGGGAGACUUCGAUAACUGUGGCUGUGAUGUUUCCAAGAACGGAAAAAUUGGUGGUCGUGGCUGGUUGUGGGGUGGCUGCAGUGAUAAUGUGGAUUUUGGAGAAAGGGUUUCCAAACAGUUUGUGGAUGCGCAGGAGACUGGUCAAGACUCCAGAGCUGCUGUAAACUUACACAACAACGCAGCUGGACGCUUGGCAGUGAAGACAACCAUGAAGCGCAUCUGCAGAUGCCAUGGCAUGUCUGAAAGUUGCAGUGUCCAAACCUGCUGGACCCAGCUGUCUGAUUUCAGAGAAAUCGGAAACUUCUUGAAGCUCAAGCACGGUCAAGCACAGAAGCUGGACAUCGAUAAAAAGCGCAUGCGUGCAGGAAACAGUGCAGACAACCGAGCUGCCAUUGUGGAUGCGUUCAGGAGCAUCGCCCCCACAGAGCUCAUCUACUUGGAGGAUUCCCCAGAUUACUGCAGGAGGAACACCAGCCUGGGGCUGCAUGGCACAGAGGGCCGGGAGUGUGUGCAACACGGGGAGGGCCUGAGUCAGUGGGAGAGGCGUAGCUGCCGCAGGUUGUGCCAUGAAUGUGGCCUGAGGGUGGAGGAGAGGCGCACAGAGGUAAAGAGCAGCUGCAACUGCAAAUUCCACUGGUGCUGCACGGUGAACUGUGAGGAUUGCUCCCAGGUUAUUGUAAAGCAUGUGUGUGCCAGAAAGGACGGGGAUGGACACGGAUUCAGACGAAGAUACCGAGGACCCAGAUAA